AUGCGACCGCCCUUUGACCACAACAGGCGUCCUGUGGAUGCGAGGCGGCCUCUCGAGCGACCCCUUCAUGCUAAUCACGAUCUUUACAGGGCUUCGAGAUAUUCCUCGAGGUAUGACGGGGGAGAUCGCGGCGACCGUCGCUCCAGAUCGCCUCGCGACCGCUCACCCGAUCGUUACGAACGCGCAUCCCAGUACAGUGAUGGCGACCGCCGCCGAUCAUCCGCCGAGGCGCGCUCCAACACUUCAGCAUUUACCAACAACAGAGAUUCGUUUCGCGACAACCUACCCCGUGACCCGCCACGGGGGCCUAAGGCGCUUUUAGAUCCUCCCAGUGGACCCAGAGGCGGCGGCUAUGCUGGUGACUUCAGAGGACGUGGCAGAGGUGGCCGUGGCCGCGGAUGGGUUCGCGAUGACAGCAGAGAUCGCGGACGGGACCGCGAUAUCGAUUUCAGAGACCGACGCGAUGGGCCUUAUCGAGACGAGAGAAGCCGUGAACGCGAACGGGACUGGGAUCGACGGGAUAGAGAGAGCUAUCGAGGACGCCCACGCUCGCCUGGUAGAGGGCGCUCACCACCACAGCGAGAUUUCCGCGACAGAGAUCCUCCAUUAGGCGUCGAUGCCGAACGAUCUAGGCGCGGCUCAAGGGACGGCGGCCCACCUUCCGCUGGCUCGUCCAACUCUGACCCCCCCUUCGGCAUGGGCCGAGGUGGUUUUAGAGGAGGCAGAGAUCGAGGACGCGGAGGAUGGGAGAGAGGAAGGGGAGGAAGAGCUGGUUUCUACGACGACCGUGAUCGCUUCGGACCUCGCAGUCGCUCUCAGGAAGGGCGAUGGGGCCGCGAUAGGGACGACCGCGACCGUGGCGACCGAUGGGUCGAUCCCGAAAUUCGCAGAGACCCUCGAGACGAACCCCGUGAUCCCCGAGACCGCGAGUUGCUUAGACCAAAGGUCGACCGAGAACGAGACAGAGGCAUGUCUUCCCAAGCGCAGUCGCCAAACACCAAGGACGUAUCUCCGCCCCCGCUCGCCCCUUCAGCACCCGCUUUCGGCACUGUCCCUAGUCGAAACGGCCCGGCAGACGGAUCGCCCAUCAUUGGCGGCACCGGCAAACUGCCACCCACAGCCCCCAGAGCCUUCAACUCCGAACGACCUGUUUCUGCCGGACACGGCGGCGGAGGUAGCGGCGGAGAUUUCCCGGCACCCCCUACCGGUCCAGCAAAGAUGAACCUUGUAGAGGGCAGCCCGCCUAUCCCCUCUGGCCCUCGUGCCCAACAACAGAAACAGCAACGGCCCUCGAGUAAGCAAUGGAUAAAUCCAGCACUGGGGAAGAAGGGCCCCCCCGAGUCGCCCAAGAUUAUGAGGUCUCAGAGCUUUGCGCAACAGCAACGCCCGGUACCUUUCCGUCAUGAAAGCGUACCAGCAGAACAAGGUGACAACGACCGGCGUCCACGCAGUAGUGAUGCGAAGGCCGACUCUCACAAUUCCGCCAAUGAAGGUUCGGUCAAGUCACUUAACCUUCCGGAACCUGGCGAAAUUGUCAUCAAAUCCGAAAGAGACAGCUAUUCUGCCAGAGGCUCCAUGGACCGAGAUAUGGAACAUCCGGAUGAUUCAAGGGACAUUGUCAUGGGAGGAACCGAUAAUCAUGGAUAUCAGGAGCGUCGGAACCCUCCACGGCGGGAAGAGAAGUUCGACACAGCCGACAAAGACGACAGCGAUGAGGGCUUAGUGGACGAGGACGAGGAAGAGACGAAGGAGCCGCCCAAGCCUGCAAAGCCUACAAAGGUGAGCCGUAUGUCUGUGCCGCGAGUUCGAUUUCUUCUCCCGCCCCAGGAACCCUCGGCGCCUGUCUCCGAACAGACGUCCGAAUCCGAUGACGACGAAGAUUACGGAGAGUAUUUCGCCAUGGAAAUCGCAAAGGAAGAGGCCGAAUUGCAGAGAUUACAGGACGCAGCCGACAGUACUCCGGACAGAAUCAUCGCUCGCUACGCUGCAGUCUCGCACGAAGCAUUGGUAGCGCUUGUCACCGAGCCAGAGAGUCUUGUGGAUAUGCUUGGGCCGAUCCCCGACGUCAUCGAACCUCCGAAAGAAGCUACCCCGAUUAAGUCACCGGUUGUGGAGCAGCGCGAAAAGACGCCCAAGAUCUCGAGCCCAGUUCAGCAAGCCAAAUCAUCACCGAAGGAGCCUGCUGUGGUACCCGAGCCAAUCUCCGUUGCUGUGUUCGCACCGAAGUCGGAGGAGCCCGAGGUUGAGAAGAAGCCCGAAGAGCCUCUCAUCGAAAAGGAGGCAGACAAGGAACUAGAGAAGGAAGUGGAGAAAGAAGUCGUGGUGACAGCGCCUAAGGUGACUGAGCAAGAACCCGAGAAGGAGCCAGAGCCAGAGCCAACAACAGUCGUUGAGAAGCCCGCCGAAAAGCCCGUUGAUAAGCCCCUGGAGCCAAUCGCCGAGAAAGUUGUCAAUGAUGCCGAGGAAGCCACAGACGGUUCCGCCGAGAACUCUGAGAAGCCUACUGCGAAACUGGCUGAACCUGUUGUCGAAAUGGCUCAAGAAGCGCCCAUGGUCCCUGCCUCGAAUGAGCCGCAGCCCAAGACAGAGGAAAUGGAUAUCGACGAGCCUGCCUCGGUUCUACUGGCACCCUCUCUCCCUCAACCAUCCGAGCCGGCAAAGGAUGUGGAUGUUGCCAUGGAAGACGCAUUUGAGCCCGAGAAAGCCCCAUUGGAGCCGGUGGUCGAACGCGAGGAACCCAGGGAGCCGGUCAUGAACGGCCAGCACCUUCUGCUCCAACCGUCGAGUGUGCCGAUGGAAACGAUUGAAGGCGACAAGGGUCUGCCCAGCACGCCCUCGCAAAUGGACGAUGACGACGACAACUCUACCGAAUCUGAGGACCCCGACGUGAUGCUCAUCGAUAAGAUCCGACAGUUCUCCACGACGCCCCCUCUCGACAGUUUACCCGAUUACAGCUGCCGCCCUUGGAGCCGGGACCGGGAUUUCUUACAGUCUCUCGAGUCAGAUUCGAUGGUCGACGAUUUCAUUCUGCAGCAGCUUGACAAGAUCUCCCUGGAGAAGAUGGCUGGACAAGGGGAGGUUCGCAAGGAUUACGCCGAGAACUACAUCAAGUACCUCGAUUUUACAGUCUCGAGCGACCCAAUCGCGGUCAAAAGCCGAGAAACCUUUAUCAGCUGUCUGCCGACACCCGAGAAACAUAUUCCUAUCCCUCCUCCCCCGGAACUUAAACCCGAAGGUAGGGGAGCUGGCAGAAGGUAUGCGAGCGAACGAGACCUAGAGAGAGUUUUGCAAGCAUCCAUGAGGGAAGACGAAGAACGGAAAGAGAGGGAACAACGCGCCAUGCAAGAGAAGUAUCGCAGUGAGAAAGAAGCCGUCAUUCCCGAGAUGUACUGGAGACAGGAGGACCGGGACAACGAAUUCUUCAAGGACACCACCGGUUUCACGCCUGUGGAGAAGCUUGUACCUGCCUGGCAGAUUAUGCCGCCAAUCAACAACUUCACCCCCGAAGAAGCAGACCUCUUCGAGAAGAGAUAUCUCACGAACCCGAAGCAAUGGGGAGUCGUCGCUGAAAACGUACCUAAGCGCAACUUCGGUACCUGUAUUCAGUACUACUAUCUGAUGAAGAAGGAUCUCAACCUCAAGGAAAAGCUUAGAAAGCAACCCAAGCGUAGAAAGAAGGGUAGAGGUAAGACCCGCUCAAGCGCGCUUGUCUCGGAGCUGGGCAACGCCGAAAAUGAGGGAGAGGAGAACCAAGAGAACGGCGAAAACGGAGAAAGGAGACGUCCACGUCGUGCUGCUGCCCCGACAUGGGGCUUCGAGCAACCGCCCACGGAUUCCGACAACGCCACACCAGCCGGUACACCCGGCCGGCGCGGAGCCAAGGCUGAUCCCGAAAAGGUCGACGGUAGGAAGCGCGGACGGAGGGCAGCCAAAGACAAGGAGCCGAAGGCGCCUAAAUCUCAGCAGACUCUUGCAGCAGCACCCACGCCCGCUACAGGCAAAGGAAGGUCUCGCUCGAACUCUAGAGUUCAGAACACUGAGUUCCAGCCGCCUCCGCCUGUGCCUAUGGAGAAUCGUCUGCCCUCGCAAUUCGAGGCCCCGGUUACCGGCGUUCAGCCUCCUCUGAUUCCAACUCAACAACAACAGGCCCCUCUGGUUGUCCAGGAGCGCCCUGUUCCCAUCACCCCUUCACCGAUAUCCGAAGUCAUGGCGCCUCCAUCACUACGGCCCGAGCCACCACCACCUCCCGCGCAACCGACCGUUGCGACUUUCGAUAUUGCUCAGCCGCAACCCGAACGUCGUGCCCCCAGUCAGGCGUCCAGCUACUGGAGUGUGUCUGAAGCAAAUGAUUUCCCUGGGCUACUCAAGUCUUUCGGUACUGACUGGGUAGCUAUUGCGGGCCAUAUGGGUUCGAAGACAGCUGUCAUGGUCAAGAACUACUUCGUCAGACAGAGAGACCAGGGCAAGACUGAGUGGGAGCAAUUCGCUGCCGAGGCUGACGCGAAACGAAGCAGAGGUGAGAAGCUACCAGAUCCACCACCGCCCACUGUCGGUGGACGCAAGAAAUACGAUUCAACGCCUGGGGCUUCGUCACAUCGACCCCUUGCUUCCGCGCCUGCCACUCCCGCCCCGACGACUGCAUCCGAACCGCCGAGCGAGCCUCCUGUGACAAAGGUCGAGCCUCCCGUCCAACAACCUGGAGCACCACCCUUUGGUCGCUUUGCGAUGCCGAUUACGCCGGCACCACCGACGCCGGCAGCGCAACAGCAACAGCAACCGCAACCGCCACAGCCCCUUGCUCAAGCUCCUCCGCCUGCCGUGGUUGCCACCCAGGCCCCUCCUCAAGCUCCUCAACAGGCGCCAGUCCCUGCUCAGCAACAACCAGCUGCCCAGCCAGUAUCACAGUCAGGGUCGCCGGUUGCUCGUCCACCCCGAGCACCUCCUCAGCAGGCCUUUGGCUUCCAGGAGAGAGAACGAGAGUCGACCCAACCCCCUCAACCAGUCAGGAUCUCGCAAAAGCCACCUGCGGCCCCAGUCACCGAGCCCGCUCAGCAGCGGCCUUUGGCUGCCGCACAACCUGUGCAGUCUGUGCAGCCUGACCCGCUGGUUGACCGACAACAGGCCGAGAGGCGACGUGAGAUGGAGAGACAAGCCAUUGAGCAGCAGCAGCAAGUUGAGAGACAGCAGUUGGAGAGACAACAGCUUGAGCGGCAGCGUAUAGAGCAACAGCAGGUCGAGCGACAGCAACUGGAAAGGCAGCAAAUUGAGAGGCAACAAAUCGAGAGGCAACAGAUGGAGCGUCAACAGCUUGAGAGGCAGCAGAUUGAGCGCCAGCAGAUUGAGCGCCAGCGCAUCGAGCAACAGCAAUUCGAACGCCAACAGCUCGAGAGAGAAGCUAUCGAAAGGCAGCAGAUCGAGCGACAGCAGAUGGAGAGGCAGCAGAUCGAGCGCCAGCAAGCUGAGCGACAGCAAAUGGAGAGGCAACAGAUGGAGAGGCAGAAGAUCGAGGCACAAGCCAAAGAACACCUACGCCCGGCCGAACGUUCCCGCCUCAAGCAGGAGCCUGAGAUGACACCGCCGCAGCAUCAUUACGAGCCAUUCUCUUAUGGUCAGCAACCGGUGCGCAACGUGCCGCCUCCUCGAUCUGAACCACCUGUGGCAAGACAGCCUGCCGAGCCGCCGCGGGCAACGGCUACCCCAGUCCCGCAAGGCUACGGCCAGCCUAUGCCUCAGCCAGGUGGACGACUCUUGGGUGACCCUCAGCCGUCUGUCUCAACACCCCCUGGCCAAAGGCCCAUUGCAGCUCAACGACCUAUGCCCACCCAUAUGGACUCUUAUGGCACUCCUCCCCAGCAGCAACAGCCGCCGCCAGCAGCGGCCGCGCCCCCGCCUCGCUCGUCAGCUUCGGAGAACAGGAGAUCCAACAUCAUGUCGUUGCUCAACGACGACCCACCAGCGGCUGCCGCUGCUGCCGCUCCUACACCCCCGCCUCAGCCCAAGCGUGUUAAUGACAUGGCCCAAAUCAAGCCAUCCCCGACGCCGCCACCACAAAGCAUGUCUAGAGUACCUGUUGCCGCGCCGGUGCCGACUCCCCUACGGCCAGAGCGGGAGCCUCCUCAGGCAGCUUAUCCCUAUGGCCGGAAUGCUCCCUCAGCUUCUGCGAUGCCUCCUCUGAAGCCGACUUACACUGCCUCGCCCCAAUCGCAGCACAUGAGCGCCCCGAGAUCAGCCAUUGCAUCUCCUCAUGAUGCGGCGCAAGCCGUCGAGAGGGACUACUACCGCCAUCAGUACCACCAGCCUCCAGCGACGAACUCUCCUCAGGUAGCGCAGCCUUAUCCGCCGCAGCCCCAGUCUCGUGAUCCUCGUGAUCCGCGUGACCCCAGGGACCCCAGAGAUCCUUAUCAACCUCAGACUACGUACCCUGCGUACGGUGCACCUGCUUCCCAUGCUGGCUCGCCACCGCCUCAGUACGCCGUACAUCAGUCGGCUUCCAGACGCGAAACGCUCCCCCCGCAAGGCAGGGAAUCGGCAUGGGCUCCUGGACCUCAGGGACACGUCAUGGGCCAGCCGCAACCGCCGCAGCAGCAGUCUUCAUGGCCACCGGCGUCACAUGCGCAGCCCGCUAAGCAGCCUCAGCAGGCACCUCCUCCUCAAAACUGGGCCUCUCCGCAUAUGUCGGCGCAAAAGGCACCUCCGACGGGCUCGGCCAUGCCGCAACAAUCCUGGGCUUCCGGACCACCUCAACAGCAACAACAACAACCGCCGCCGGGGCACCACAUGUCGAUGCGAGACGAGAGAGGUUCGGCCAUGUACGGUCAGAUCCCGCCUCAGCACCAACACCCAAUGCAAGGUCGCUACCCGCCCGUCUCCCGCGCACCAGAGCCAAUGCCGCCUCAAGGUCAACAGGCGUACCCGCCGCGGUAUGCAUCGACGCCCGCGCCUAGAGAUCCCCGGGACCAGAUGCCACCCCGGAGCUACACGCCCGUAGGAUACGAUUCACGUGGCCCACCUCCGGGACCUUACCCUCCGGAUCCUAGAGAGAUGCAGAUGCGCGAAAUGAGCCGCGACCCCCGAGAUCCUCGGGAUCCUCGGGAGAUACAACACCAGGAGAUGCUCCAGCGCGGUCAACUGCGUCCACAAGAUGGCUAUGGGAGACAACCUGAUCGAUAUGGCCGAUAG